GGUGGGAGUAGUCCAGUCCAUCCCAGGACGCGCUGACCAUGUUGACCAUGUUUGCGUGAACCACCGUGAAGUAGGUGAGGCGCCGCGGGGCGAUGCGCAACACGCUCAGGUUGUUAUACAGCGCCGAGGCGCUGUUCUUGAUCUGAAUGCUCUUCUCUUUGUGAUACAUCGUGACGGUUUGUCAAUGUGUUAUAUGUCAAGCAUGAGGAUAACCAGUUGGUUAAAAUGUGCCGUUGCUCAUUUGGUCCAGCUUAUCUUGUAGCAUUAGCAACAUGCUAGGAGGCGAUAAACAGCUACAGAGGAGGACAAAAUACAGCGUCGCUGCAGUUAGUGGCUGACAGGAACUCGGACCAUGCAAACCGGUCAGUUUUAACAAGUUGUUACGUCGCUCAGAAGCGCCACUACCUGAAGUGAAGACUACCUUUAGCAACAAGGGACUCCGCGUCCUCCGGAACCAUAGAGACUACGUCUUCUUUGCGUGUGACGUCACUCGAGAGUUAGGUUGCGUGGCAACCGUUGGCUACACAGGAGGCAGACGUGAACACUCGCCAAAAAUGUCCCACUCACGCACCCGCUCCGCAGUUAAGUCUCAACCUGACCUGGGCGGACGCGGCUCCUCUGCUGACGUCAGCCCACCUGCACUUCCAGACCCAGGAGAUGAAUAUAUAAUUCCUGGGCGGAUGACCGUGAGGCAGUGGUCCAAUGCCUUACUCGAAGAGGAGGCCGAGGAUGUGGUCGGGGAGAUCAUGACUGAGUUACUGACUCUGGUCAUGGAUGGUUGUUUGAAGAGUGACCUUAAAAAACAGGUGGUUCCGUUUACAGUCAACUGGGCCAAGACCUAUCUAAUUCAGGUUCUCAGGCCGAAAUUCAUAUGCAGAGAAGAAAAGGAAGAAGCAGAAGAAUCAUCCAAAACUGAAGAUUCACAGUCAAUGCCACCGAUUCUUGACAACUGGGCUCAAGGCUGUUUUCCUAUUCUACAAAUAACACGUCCAUCCACGUCGAUUUCACUGCAGGCAGGGCAGCAUGGCCAAACCCCAGAGCCAAGACACCAAGGAACAAGAAUGGCACGGCUGAAAAAGUCUGCAAAGCAAACUGAAAAAGAAUCGGUUUCGUUCAGGCCGGAGAAAGGGGCGAUUCAAACGGCAAAACAGUCCUUUCUUCCUAAACUUGUCGAAAGCAAGCAGGCAUGGAGUCCACCCCAACCAAAAGAGAAAAAAGACCAAGAGAGAAACAAUCUAGGGAGAUCUGUCACCAGCCUGAAAACCCAAUUGUGUGGUCGGCAAAAGAGUCCAGCCAUUCCCAGACUCCACAUGUCCAACCUUCCGAAACACUGGAUUGUCCCUCAGUGUCAGAUUGUGGAUCAAAGCAACCUCACUGUGACUUUGAAGAAACCUGCCGGACACAUGAGAGUGAGUGAAAACCAAAAAGAAUCUUGGAAGAAUCAGAGUAGGUUGACAUCACACGUGCAAUAUGACGAUCAACCAGGAGAGAUUUUACUAAAAAAUGAAGCUGCUGUUUGGUCCGGGAAGUUGUCACCAUCUUGUCAGAAGAGAUCUGAGUUGAUAUCUGCCGAAACAGUGGACCUGGCCAGGCGCGUGUCGCUCAUGGCCCAUCAGACAGUGCGACUAAGCAGAGCCCAGUUUAACGCUUCGUCCCUUUCUGGCUUCAGUUGACAUGAAUUUA